AUGAUGAAACAGCGGGCGGCAGAUGCGGACAAUGCUGAUGAUGAGAUGGAAGGAAAUCAGGCAUCAAAAGCAGCUCUUACAUCCAUGCCCUAUCAGUGCCAGGAGUUGAUUCUUUACGGAAGUGUAUUCGCCGAUAACUUGCCGGACUUGGAGCGACGGUUGACGGGUUUAUGCGAUCCUGGAUCUACAGAGUUCCAUGAACACGACCUCUCCUUCAGUCUUCGCACGGGAACUGAUCCGGAUGUCACUAUCAGGUUACGACGGCGUUUCAACGUCGAUUCGUUCAACAGCCAUCAGUGGCAGUUCCGAUACAUUGGAGGCCCAGAACCAGACCAGAAAUGUCCCGUAAUAGUGCGGAAGGUCAUAGACUCCAUUGCUUACUCGCACCUGAUGAUGGACUUCGUGAAAACACUGGGUUUGCGCAUGGAUUACGAGUACAUUGCUAAAGGAACGGUAUGGACGAAUGGGAAGAUGAAAGUAGUUUUGAGUCAAAUCCAGAAAACUGAAAAGGCGGGCCACUAUGAUCAAGCAAACCUAAAACGGUUCUCCGACUCAUAUCUCGUAGAAAUGAGUGUCUGUCUUCCAGAUUCGGCUGAAUACAUGUCUGCUGCCAAGCAGCUACGAGAUUUUGCUGAUCAACUAUUGCCUUUGGUCGAGAUGGAGAAGGUGGAUUACUGGAGGAAAUGA